CACAUAACAGAAGGAAACUAAAACAUAACACUGACAUAAGAUUUAUUGGAGGUCUCAAACAAGUUCGAGGGCCUCUGUUUCGUAGAGGUUAUCUAAUUCCACAAGAUGGCGGUGUUGCAAUAAGGGUGCCAGGUUGCCUUUAGGAGGUAGAAGAAGAACAUUUAGCCCUAUUAGAGUUUCUUUGGUCGUACGAGGGUUGGUUUAGUGCGGAGGCACCAUUUUGUUUUACUUCGGAGUCAGCGGUUACAGUCGAGCUAGUUAAGAAAUAGCACUAGGACCACUUCAAGACCGGAACGACUUGAUCAACAUGAGUGGAUGUCGCAUUUUCAUCGGCCGUUUGAGCCCAUCUGCGAGAGAGAAGGAUGUGGAGAGAUUUUUCAAAGGAUACGGCCGCAUCCGAGAUAUUGACCUCAAGAAAGGCUUUGGCUUUGUGGAGUUUGAUGACCCCAGAGAUGCUGAGGAUGCUGUUUAUGAGCUUGACGGCAAAGAGUUGUGCAAUGAAAGGGUGACCAUCGAGCACGCCCGUGUACGUCUGCGGGGUGGCCGUGGCAGAGGAGCCAGCGGCGGUGGAGGGCGUUUCUCUGAUCGCUAUGGCCGAGGCUCCCAGAGCAGUCGGAGUCGAAACCCUCCUCCGAUGCGCACUGAGAACCGCCUGAUUGUGGAGAACUUGUCCUCUCGUGUCAGCUGGCAGGACCUGAAAGAUUUCAUGAGGCAAGCUGGAGAGGUGACAUUUGCAGAUGCUCAUCGCCCCAAGGUCAACGAAGGGGUUGUAGAGUUUGCCUCUCACAGUGAUCUGAAAAACGCCCUUGAGAAAUUGUCUGGAAAGGAAAUGAAUGGCAGGAAAAUCAAGCUCAUUGAGGCAUCCAAGAAGAGAUCGAGAAGUCGCUCCCGCUCUGAGAGCUCCUCACGUUCGCGGUCCCGUUCUCGUGGUCGCUCCCCAUCUCGCUCCCCGAGACGCUCCCGCAGCCCGGCCAAGGCCCACAACCGUUCCCGCUCCCGCUCUGGCUCCCCAGCUGGCGGUACCUCCUCCCCAACCCCCAAAUCAAAGGAACCCGCCAAACGGACCUCAAAGAUGAGCAAGUCCGCCAGUCCGCCCUCCCCCCUGCCGGCUCAGAGAGCCUCCGUCUCCCGCUCCCGUUCACGUUCACGCUCCCGUUCGCGCUCCCGUUCUCGUUCUCCUUCUACUGACAGCCAGCGCUAGAAGCUGUGUUGUUAGACCAACUUCUUUGAGCAGUAUAAUCACCUUGAAUGAGUUGGCACACUGGAGUUCCCAUGAUCUCUUCUGAAAGCCAAGAUCAAGAGUUUUCUUUGGGCAAAGUUUGUUUUUCCUUGACAGGGAUGUUCUCACGGCGUUUCUGUUCUUCAAAUUUCAAACACAGGAACAUCGUCAGAUGGAAACGACGGCGCCAAGUCAAAUAUGUUAUUGUCAUCGCAGGGCAUUCCUUAAUUGACUAACUUGCGCGGUAAUGUUGGUCGCGUCUUUCUUCUCAUUGCACAUCACAUUUGGACCCGUAUGUACGUUGACACCCAGCGACUCCUCACCUCCUAAUAUAUAUCCAUCUCAACCAGACUGCAGAUCCACUACUGGUCCAGCACUAUUGUUUCAUCACUCAGAAUCGCCAGUCAAGUCUCACACUAACUGGGCCUGUAAAGUUUGUAAUCUCUACAUUGUUUUGUUUUUUGUUUUUGUUUUUUUGCAAAACUUGGAAGAGGAAGUGCUGGGAUCAUUUUGAUAAGUCGGGUGAGAACUUACUUUACUGUUUUUUGCAAAUGAUCAAUCAUUUGCGAUGGAAAAUGCUUGGGUUUAUGUUUUUUCUAGUCACCACCACAUUUAUCAAGUCUUUUCACUUAUUUUCCCAUGUUUUGACCUACCGUACCCACUAGAGGUGGUGUAUAUAAUAUCUAUAACUUAGAAUUGCUUGCAUGUACUUUUGUUUGAUUAAAAAAAAAAAAAACAAUCAAAAAAAAAAGAUUUAUUAUUGAAAUUUUUUUUUAUUUGUGCUUAAAGCUGAAAUGCAAACCACUAUCAUAAUUGGCAUCGCCAGCCUCCGUGUCAGGAAGGCUGAACAGUUGCGCUCAUUGUUCCAGCAGUUGCACAGCUGUGCAGUAGAUUAACUCUUCAUUUCAUGGGUCUUACAUUUUCUUACAGCUGACUGUUAAAACUUUUAUUUUGUCAGGAGAUAAAGUGAACACUUCAUUGUGGUGUUGCUUACAGAAUGCAGUGUAUUCUAGCAUUGUAAUUUUCUUUUCGUGUGUGUGUGUGUGUGUGUGUGUAGGGUUUUGUGUACAGCACUGCAGACUUUUGUUUUACAUAAGUGAGCAAUGUAAUCUCAAGAAUACUUGUUGGUACUGUGACUGAUGUGACUUUGGUUCAAAUGAACUUGUAGACGAAGAGUUUGGGGGGGAUGAAAAAAAAUUUUGUACGUAAGGAUUUUAUUUUCAGUGGAAAUAUAUGGACGUUUGUAUGGUGUACAAAGACAAUGGACUUAAACAAUAAAAUAAUUUUAACUUUAA